AUGGGAUUCCUAAAGAGCCCGAUAGACUUAACCAAAUGGGAUCGAUAUGUGUAUACGGCUAUUUUGUUUGGAAGUGGCAUUUCCUAUGCCAUGGUAUAUUCCGUAUACUCGCCGAUUAUGGUUGACAUGAAAUACAUACUCAACACUACUAUGAAAUGGGUGUCACUGUUCACCACAUUUGAAACCAGUGGUUAUAUUCUGGGAACUUUCGUUAAUGUUUGCAUCGUUUUUCGUAUUAUUAACCGUUUCAUCGGCAGUAAUACCCCUUUCCCCGGACCUAUGGGUGCUAUUCUCUUAUUUGCGUUAACCUUCUCCUUGUAUGCCAUUUAUGAGGUGUUCAUUAAGUUGGCGUCACUUACUGAACAGUACUCAUCGCUCAGACUGUCGGCUGAAAGUGCAACCAAUAUAUACUCGACAUCCAUAGCCAUCUACUCGGCCGGACUCGUCCUGAAUAUAUUCUACCCGUACAAGUUUCAAUUGAAAACAAUAUUAAGCGCACAUAUGCUUGUGUUUACGGGUACAGUAUUAUUGAUUCCGGGUCGGUAUUCAAUGGUAUGCCUAUGGGUGGCCAGUAUUUGCACGUGUCUGGGCUUUUCAGUCAUGUAUGCCGGGAUCGUGGCGUUCACUGAACUACACAUUGGAUUCACUAAUAAACUGAGUCCACAUUCAGACUACUCAAAGGAUUAUUGACCCUGGUCACACCGUUUAUUGUGGGAAAUUAUAUUGAGGAUUAUUCCGUGAUAUUCAUAAUUAAGGAAUUUGUUUACUUGUCACUUUUUAUCACCUUG